AUGGGGGAUAACGACACGUUUGUCAUCAGCGGGGAGUUACCGUCUGUCUUGGCCACGAGUAUAGCGGCCGCGAUCACGACCGUCGCGACCGUGGUUGGUCUGGUGGGAAAUGUGCUGGUCAUCGCCGCGGUGGCCCGCAAAAAGAACUUACGCACUCGCGGGAACACUUUCAUCGUGAGUUUGAGCGUGGUUGGAUUGAUUUACGUCAGUUUUGUGCUCAUUCCUGGGAUCGAUACGCUGAUACGUCGCGAGUGGCGUUUGGGAGAUUUCGCAUGCGCGUUUCACACCUACUACACGUUAGCGUUUUCGUUACUGUCUCUGCUACAUACGAUGUGUAUUGGGCUGGACCGGGUUGUCAAUGUUGUGUUUUUCACCAGAGCUAGACGCAUUGCGUCCGGUCGUAACAUCGGCAUAGCCAUAGUCCUGUGCUGGUUGGUGUCUCUCGCCACGAUGGCCUGCUAUCAUUUCUUCGUGGUGGGCGGCAAGAUGCUAUAUUUGCCCAAGGCGCUCCGUUGCAUCGCCAUGUACAACCCACAGUCGUGGAAGGUCUCCAUCUCCGUUUACUGCUUCAUCUUCAUCCUUCCCAGUAUCAUCAUCGUGGCGUCUUACGUUGUCAUUCUCGUCUUCGUCAGGAAGAAACGGAAGAUUCUCAUGAGUAACAUGACGUCACGAUUAGUAGCGCCCUCAAAGAACAUGGCGACCAGUAUCAACAGCGGCGAGACUAAAACCAAACCUCCUGCGAAUGACAGGGUAACUUUUGCCCCAACACCGCCAGCAGACCGAGUGUAUUCGUCACCCACAAGACGCUCUACUAACUCGAUCUCGGUGCCGGUCGAACAAUCGGCCGUUUGUGUUACCAAUGCCGAUUUGCCUCUCACAGUCAGUAAAGACGUCCAGGGCGGUACCGGGAACGCAGACCCGUGUGUUGCGGACCACCAGACACCGGCGCCCGAUGCCGACCUGCCCGGGCAAGUGAAUAAUAAGUCGUCAUCGGCAACGACCAUCAAGGUGGAUUUCCCGCUCAGUGACGAUGAGCAAAAUAUCAACAAAAGUAAACCACCGUUUGUAACUUCAUCUAACAAUGGAGAUGAGCACAGCGACGGUACUCACAAGUGCAAAACUGUGAGUGAGGAGGAGGAAGCUGUGGUUGCCGAUGAAUUUGAACUUAAAACCACCAAUCAGUGUCAGGAAACUAGUCACGUCUUAGAAGAACAUGAUGUGAAGACAGUUCCAACUGAUGCGGGUCGAAAAGGUCGGAGGGGGACUAUAUGGUCCACAGCGUCCGGCCGAGAGCGAUUCGGUGACAUUGCAAAAACCUUCGGCCGUGCUCGGGAUCGACUUCGCCCGUCUAAAAAGAUCCGAAACGACCGCGAUUUGAACCGCAUGAUGCUGGCCGUGUUCACCGUGGUGUGGAUUGGUUACUUACCGUAUCCUCUCGUAAGGUACUUGGACGUACCGUCUAUAAAUGUGAGCAGUAAUGUGUACAUGGUUGUGACUGUGUCGAUGUACGUAGCUGGGUGUGUAAACCCAAUCAUCUAUGGUUUUAUGCAUCGACGUUUCAAGGCGGCCUUCAUCGAGAUGCUAACUCUAGGCAAGUGCAAGGCUAGGAACAGAAUUGGCGCGAGAGGGCGCCAGGACAGUAUUUCCGGGACGGACAGGUCGAUGGUUGAUCCAAGGCCAUCGUGA